AUGGCUACGUCCUCUUCGGGAGCUCAGUGUCCCAUUCAGUGUGCAUAUUGCCAGAAGGAUUCUGGAUAUUCUUGUGAGAUAUGUAACAAAUUCGUAUGUAAAUAUUGUCUUCAAUUCAAUUCAGAUGUUGGAAUAGAAGAGCCGGGUAUUGAUUUUCAAGAAAAUUUGCAAGAAAAUGUCAAAAAUGCCACUGGCGUUGUUUGUUUUCGAUGCAAAGGAAAUUCAUACCAUGGAAUUGAGGAACCCAAUGAGGAGAAAAGGGAUUCACAGCCAAAGAAAGAUAAACGAAUACCCAUUGCACAACAAGAAAAAGACUUGUCUGUGAUGAGUGCUGGCAGAAGCCGCCAUAUUUCUUGUCUCCCCUCUGGGUCAUUUUGGGUCAGCAAUCAGUUUGGAAAAAUAUUCUUUAUCGACAAUGACGGAAAUGAAUUAAAGCAGAUAAAAACUAAUGGAGAAUAUGGCAUCCAUACAGUUAGAGAAAACAGCAUCCUAGUAUUUAUAGAUAUGAGAAGCAAAUCUGUAGAAGAACUCAAACCGGAGAGAAGCAGUGUACGGGAAACUGUGUUUAACACAAAUGACUGGACACCGUGUUGCAUAUAUUACUCUGGAAUAGGUGAAGAUUUUCUAAUUGGAGAGAAAUUAGAUGAGGAAGCUAGAAUUUCCCGUUACACGACAAAGGGGGAGGAAAUUCAGAAUAUCCAGUUUGACAGUAAAAAGCAGCCCAUCUUUCACGAUCCUCGAUAUAUUACAGAGAGAGGAAAUGGGGACAUCUGUGUUUCUGACUGGAGUUCUCCAGUUACAGGAGCAUUGGUAGUGGUCAAGAAAAAUGGGAAAAGGCGGUUUUCUUAUACUGGAACUUCACAGGCGUUGUUUUGUCCAGGGGGAAUUUCCUGUGACAAAAACGGUAACAUUUUAGUUAUGGACGGUGCUGAACGUCGUGUUCAUUUACUGAACAGAAAAGGGCGGCUUAAAGGUUACAGACUGGACUGGCAAGCCAGAGGCCCUGGGUUCAAUCUCCAGCAGAGACAUAAAAUAGUUUCUGUUACAUUUGGCGCCCAUGUUCUCUGUCAGAGAGUGAUUGCACCUAGAACUUCGCCCCACAUGUGUCGGCAUUCCAAAAGAGAUGAGGACAUCUCAUUCUCUGGAGGGGGACAACGCAGUAGUGUAAGAUACAUGGCAUCCUACUACCUUGGGCUAGUGGGUUAA